GACGAGGACGCUGAGCCCGCGCACGGCCGGCAGCACACGCCCUGCCUGUUCUGUGACAGGUUGUUUACAUCCGCUGAGGAAACAUUUUCACACUGACUUGAAUUUUAUGGAUACAUUAAACUAAUAAAUUUUAUUAGACUUAAGGUAAGUUGGAAAUGUAAUACUUUUAGGAAUUUAUGAAGUUCACAGAGGCUGCCAUGCCCCUGGGCUGAUUAUUAAUGGACGAUGAGCGGUUGUUUCAGAUUUGGCGUUUUUCAUAUUGUGAGAAUUGUGGACAUGAGGGGAGAGUGCGGGGUGAAGCUCCAGGUGGGGGUGACCCCUGCUUACUGCUGUCAUGUUCAACUGUAUUGAGUCAGUACUGUGCAAAAAGCAGUUGUCAGGUAAAAGGAAAACUCGGUUUUUCUGUAAAAUCAAGUAAUUUCUAGUCUGAUUCCAGGUACUUUGGAUGUCCUUUUUUGUUUUAUUUUUUCACAGCUUAUUCUCUUUUUUAAAAUUUCUAUUUUAUUUUAUGUGUAUGAAUGUUUUGCCUGCAUUCCUGGUGCCUGCAGAAGCCAGAAGAGAAGGACGUUGGAUUCUUCGGAACUUGGGUUACAGACGGCUGUGAGCCACCGUGUGGGUGCUGGGAUUUGAAUCCAGCUCCUUUGCAAGAACAGCCACUGCUUUUAACCUCUGAGCCAUCUCUCCAUCCUACAUUGUUUAAUUUUCUUUCAAAUAUUUUGUUCUUUGACCUAUUUAAAUGAAUGUUUGAGCUGGGGUCACUUUGCCUGCAUCAGACAAUAUAAGAAUACGCUCCAGCCAUUUACAGUGACUGCUAAACACAGAUGUACCAGUCUUGUGCAGAAUUGAGUUUUUUUUUUUUUGCUUCAGUUCCCCACUCUUUUUUAGGGAGCUUUGUCAUUACAUGCAAUGAAUACAGUGUGCUUUCACUUCAUACCCAGAAUCCUACGGUCGAAUACAUGAAUUCCAUAUACAACCCUGUGCCUUGGGAGAAAGAUGAGUACCUGAAGCCAGUAUUGGAAGAUGACCUUUUGCUUCAGUUUGAUGUAGAAGAUCUUUAUGAGCCAGUGUCGACUCCCUUCUCAUACCCCAAUGGACUCAGUGAAAGUACAUCCAUUGUGGAGAAAUUGAAGCACAUGGAGGCGCGGGCGCUGUCUGCUGAGGCUGCAUUGGCUCGGGCGCGCGAGGAUCUGCAGAAGAUGAAACAAUUUGCUCAAGACUUUGUGAUGAACGUAGAUGUCAGAACCUGCUCCUCCACGACUGCCGUUGCAGACCUGCAGGAGGAUGAGGAUGGUGUCUACUUCAGCUCCUACGGGCAUUAUGGGAUACAUGAAGAAAUGCUAAAGGACAAAGUUCGCACAGAAAGCUACAGAGAUUUCAUAUACCGAAACCCACACAUCUUCAAAGAUAAGGUUGUUCUGGACGUUGGGUGUGGAACUGGAAUUCUCUCCAUGUUUGCUGCCAAAGCUGGGGCAAAGAAAGUGAUUGCAGUUGACCAGUCUGAAAUCCUCUACCAGGCUAUGGAUAUCAUAAGACUAAAUAAACUUGAAGAUACCGUUAUACUAAUUAAAGGAAAGAUUGAAGAAGUGAGUCUUCCUGUAGAAAAGGUGGAUGUUAUUAUAUCAGAGUGGAUGGGCUAUUUUCUUCUUUUCGAGUCGAUGUUGGAUUCUGUCCUUUAUGCAAAGAGCAAAUACUUGGCAAAAGGAGGAUCAGUCUACCCUGACAUUUGCACCAUCAGCCUAGUGGCUGUGAGUGAUGUGAGCAAGCAUGCUGAUAGAAUUGCCUUCUGGGAUGACGUCUAUGGCUUCAACAUGUCCUGCAUGAAGAGGGCGGUUAUUCCAGAGGCUGUUGUGGAAGUUGUAGAUCACCAGACUCUUAUUUCAGACCCUUGUGGUAUCAAGCAUAUAGAUUGCCACACUACAUCUAUCUCAGACUUGGAGUUUUCUUCAGAUUUUACCCUGAAAAUCACAAAGACAACCAUGUGCACGGCAGUUGCUGGGUACUUUGAUAUAUAUUUUGAGAAGAAUUGCCACAACAGGGUCGUGUUCUCUACGGGCCCUCAGAGCACCAAAACACACUGGAAACAGACAGUGUUUCUGUUGGAAAAACCGUUUCCAGUUAAAGCAGGUGAAGCCUUGAAAGGAAAGAUCACAGUUCACAAGAAUAAGAAGGAUCCUCGUUCCCUCAUUGUGACCCUGACCUUGAACAACUCAACUCAGACUUACGGUCUCCAGUGACCGUCAUGGUCUCCAGCUGCCCCAAAGCCUGAAGCACACAUGACUCACAUCUUUAAAGUGGGGUCGGAUGGUCAGUGGGAGGGGCAGGCUCCUAGGGCUCCUGGGUAGUAAGCGUAGAUAGAGUAGGGAGCUCAGUGGAGUCUGGUGCCCUCCCGCCUCUGCUGUGGGGAUCCUAGCCGCAGAAGCUUGCUUGGAAGAUUAGUUGAAGGGAGUCCCUCUUCUGCUAAACUGAGAGUCAUUUAAAUUGGCUUACUUUUGGAACAGUAAUAGUCCUGGAUUUUUAUAUAUAUAAGUUUCUUACUGUAAAUUUUGUUUUUAAUAACGAGCAGCACAGAGCAGUGUUUUGUUGUAGAUUUCCUUUCUGGAGGAACAGUUUUUAGUUACACUCUUGACUGCAAUAUCAGGGUAUCUCAAGACUAGGGGGCCAGUGGCCUGGAGAGCAGCGGCUCCUGCAGAUCCUGCAGAUCCUCUUUGCAGAAGUUGAGGCAGUUCUCUCCGGCCACCUGCAGCCCUCAGCUGUCUCUCCUCAGCAUUCUCUAGCCAUAGAUGGCACUGCUGGAGGGGCCGACCUCAGUACUCAGCAUUCUCUAGCCAUAGAUGGCACUGCUGGAGGGGCCGACCUAAGUACUCAGCAUUCUCUAGCCAUAGAUGGCACUGCUGGAGGAGCUGACCUCAGUACUCAGCAUUCUCUAGCCAUAGAUAGCACUGCUGGAGGGGCCGACCUCAGUACUUAGCCUAGGUGCCGUAGACGCCUCUUAAGGCUGAGGUAGAUGUAUGCCUCUCAAAAAUGCUGCCUUUCAGACCAGGUUUGUGUGCCAAGGUCACACGUCUCGUAAGAUUAUUAAAUUAUGUUAUUCGGGUUGAAAGAACAAAAAUAUUCAAUAAAAUGUAUAACUAUUGGAAAAUUGGAAGCAUCUUUACACUGAUUCCUGUUGUGAGGUCAUAAGCAUUUAACAAGUCAAGGAAGGAGUCAAUUUCAAGAAAAUAGUGACUUCAGCAGGCCAGCCAAGCAUGAUCUUUGUCUAAACUAGAUAUCAGCAGGAACUCAGGCUCGUCCUGAAGUAGGUGGGUUCCCAUGAAGCUGCAGAUCUCAGUGUAGUCGUAGUCUCUGUCCUUAGCCCAACUCCCCUUCACGAGAUGCCGGUUAUGUUAGUACAAUUCAGGUGUUCAGGUCAGGACCUUAAUAAGUGGAGGUGACGGUAUUGUCACCAGGACCACAAUGAAUGACCUGGCUCCUACCCAGCUCAAGAAGGGUAAGAAGAUUACAAAAGAAAAGAACUGGACUGUCAGCGGAGAGGAGAUUGCUCAUCAGAUUUUUUUUUGUUGUAUUUUGUUUUGCAGUAUUAGAAUUUUACCCCGGACCUCACCCAUAAUAGGGAAACACUGAGCAAUGCCCCAGCCUUCUCUUCCUUUUUUUUUUUCUCUUUCCUUUCAGUGAAUAAAUAUUUUCUACUAUUUAAAAAAGUAUUUCUCAAAAAUCAUCCCCCGGGCUGGAGAGAUGGCUCAGAGGUUAAGAGCACUGCUUGCUCUUCCAAAGGUCCUGAGUUCAAUUCCCAGCAACCACAUGGUGGCUUACAACCAUCUGUAAUGAGAUCUGGUGCCCUCUUCUGGCCUGCAGGGAUAUGUGCAGACGGAACAGUGUAUACAUAAUAAAUAAAUAAAUUUAAAAAAAAAAGUAUAAAAAAAAAUCAUCCCUCUUGCCAAGCAUGGUGGUGCACACCUUUAAUCCCAGCUCUUGGGAGGCAGAGGCAGGUGGAUCUCUGUGAGUUCGAGGUCAGACUGGUUACAUAGUGAGGAUGACUUCAGGCAGGGGUUUUGUGGCAAAAACAGGGAAGGGAAGAGAUUUGAUUAGGGACAGAACAGGGGAGUUCGCUGUUUUCCUUAGACAAGCUUGUUUUGGAACUGGAGUCUUGUCUCUGCAACCACUGGGUGUCUGGGGUUGGGCAGCCACUUUUCUACAGUUUCCACAUAGCUGGUUUCUGGGAGCUUUGUGCUCAGUUAUGUCCUUGGCUUUUGGGGUGUAUUGGGGAGUGUUCCUUAGGGGAAGGUUGUCUGGUUUUUUGUUUUGUUUUUUGUUUGAAUCUCAUGUAUCCCAAGCUGACUUUCAACUUGGUUUGUAGCCAAGGAUGAUAUUGGAGUUUGAACCUCUUACA